UUGAAUAUGGCAGAAUAGAGGUAUUAGACUUUUUAACCCUGAAAAUUAAAUUUGUGUUGUAUUUUGAUAUAAGGCAAAGGAAAAUCAACUUUAAUCAUAACAGUUUUUUUCCCUCUCCUAUACAGACCGACCAAGACCAUCACUAUGACCGAUGGAGACUAUGAUUAUCUGAUCAAACUCCUGGCCCUCGGAGAUUCAGGGGUGGGGAAGACAACAUUUCUUUACAGAUACACAGACAAUAAAUUCAAUCCCAAAUUCAUCACUACAGUAGGAAUAGACUUUCGGGAAAAACGUGUGGUUUAUAAUACACAAGGACCAAAUGGAUCUUCAGGGAAAGCAUUUAAAGUGCAUCUGCAGCUUUGGGACACUGCAGGACAAGAGCGGUUCCGGAGUCUCACCACUGCAUUUUUCAGAGACGCCAUGGGCUUCUUAUUAAUGUUUGACCUCACCAGUCAACAGAGCUUCUUAAAUGUCAGAAACUGGAUGAGCCAACUGCAAGCAAAUGCUUAUUGUGAAAAUCCAGAUAUAGUAUUAAUUGGCAACAAGGCAGAUCUACUGGACCAGAGGGAGGUCAAUGAACGGCAAGCUCGGGAACUGGCUGACAAAUACGGCAUACCGUAUUUUGAAACAAGUGCAGCAACUGGACAGAAUGUGGAGAAAGCUGUAGAAACCCUUUUGGACUUAAUCAUGAAGCGAAUGGACCAGUGUGUGGAGAAGACACAAAUCCCCGAUGCUGUCAAUGGUGGAAGUUCUGGAAAGCUGGAUGGGGAAAAGCCACCAGAGAAGAAAUGUGCCUGCUAGACUCCACAUGGAAACUGAGCGUCAAGAACCCCACCGAAAUAUGACCUUUAAAAACAAUGACAAACCACACAACUGUUGUUGAGUAAACAAUACACAAUGGCAUGUCUUUCUUUUUCUGCCAGAAAAUCUAAGAAACCAGAAUAGUCAACAGUGUUCAAAAGAAUUGACUAGUUAUCCCUGAGGCCCUUUCAGACAAGAUGAAAGAUUUCCCAACGUGGUUUCAUUAUUAUGGAUAUUCAAUUUAUUUUUCUUAUAGAGAAAAUGAGUAAAUAAGACAAUAUAAAAGAACUAUCAGUGAGUUUUAAAUCAGGACAAGUUACCUGUCACAUCGAAGGGUGGGCUAUUAAGGGAGAACACAGGAAGAAGAUUUUCAAAAGAUUAGAUUUACUUAUUAUAUUGAAUCAGAUGGAUAAUUUUAGAUUUGCGUUAGGGAAAAUGUACUAGCUAAAAAUGGAUACACAAUGAAGAAUUCUAUUUGGCUCAUUAUGAAUGACAUUACUAUGUACACCCAAAAAGCUGUACUAGAAUGACUAAAUUACUGAUAAGGUUACAAAUAGGUAAAUGUCACACUUCUAAAAUGCAGGAGAUAGUGUCAUAAUGCCAUCUUUAUAUUCUUAAUAAAUAGCACAUCGACAAGAACAGGACUGUAAAUGACAAAGUACAAGACAAAUACCCUGGAAAAAAAUGAAAGUAUGAGAGAUUGGCAUUUGUACAGCUUAAAUUAAUUGUAUCUGUUAAAGAUAUCUGGAAGGGUUACUUAGCCAAAUUUCACUCAAGCCUAUUAGGAGCUGACGUUAUCAGUUGGGGUUAAGAGAACUUCAGAGGUUUCCAUUUCAAACAAAAUUUUAGAAAUCAAUUUGGUGUUCAGGUUCACAUUUCAUUUUUUCUUAGUACAUGUUGAUAAUAAAAGGAGAAAUUAACAGUUAUGGUUUAUUAAAUCUCUUUUAAAAUGCAGUCAAGGAAAACUAGCCCUGAAUUUUUUUAGAUGAAAUAUGCUGGUGAUAUGAAACAAAAAGUGACAGUUAUUGCGGGUUUCCUUUUAGUUUACAAAAGCACUAGAAACUCUAAAUCACAUUUCUUCCCUCCAAACUCCACCCAUUCCUGGCUUUCAACCAAUUGCAGAAAUGCAGGAGUGUUAUUUUGUUGAUCAGUAACUUUGGAACAAUGGUGGAUCAAUUCUAUGGUCACUCUGAAUUUUCAUGUCAUUAAUCACAUAAAAAAUGAUAAUACCUCAUUCUGUAUUAUAAUAUGAUUUUAUUUUGCCAAAUGCAAAAACACCUAUAGUUGAGCCGUAUUUGUGGGGUUGGGUGAGGAAGGGCCUAUAUCUUAUCUUACCAAAAAAUUGGUCAGUAUUUUUUAAUGUAAAUCUGCCUUUUCUUUCUAAGAAAUAAUAACAAAGUUGUUUUUCAUUGGCCUACAUUGGCCUAGUCUGUCCUUGUGCCUAAUCUAACAUUACAUUAAUUUUUGAUCUUCGUUUCUGAUAAAUACAAGCCAUUCCUAUCAAAUAUUAUUUAUUUCAGUCAAUUUUACCAAUAACAGAGACAAUGUAUUUUCAUUUUUUUUAAUUAUGAGCAUAUGAUUUUUUGACUGGCUGUUUCCUCAUCCUAUAAUUUUUUUCCAGUCAAACCUAUUUUUUUCAUACUAUGUGCACAUUUUUUUGUUAUACACAUUGAAGACCCUAACACUCCCAAUCCGUUAUUUAGCUUCCCUCUACCAACUUCUGUCUGGUAUUGAAUCAGUUUCAGAAACACAGACAGAUCCAAGGAAAUGUCUCUUUAUAAUAUUCUUAUGAUGGACUAGACACAUAAAUGUGCCAUGAAUCCAAAUAUGAAUAAUUUGGAAGCUUUUAUGCUAUUAGCCCCCAGUGAAAUUCUCAGCAUUAACUGCCCAGCUCCUCUGAUUUCUGCAGCAUCAUGGCAGGUCCUAAGAUGGAUCGUGGUUGGAUAUUCCCUCUCAUGGUGUUUCCUCUGGGAUGCUCUUCGUUAUUUCAAUGCCUGUGCCAUGAAGAUAGAAAACUAACAUUUAAGAUGUUUCUUCUGGAAGGAAAGUGAGCAGAAGCAAGUGAUAUUGCCAUUGCUGUGGCAAAAUUUGGUGCACUUCUGUGGUCAUUAUUAUCAAUUUCUUCUUUGGAUUUGAAUUGGAAUGUCCCCUGCAUUUCCUUAAUAGGGAAUGUGAAGCCUUUAUAAAACCCCAGAAGUAUUCUAUUUUGAUAUGUCUCUUUUUUUCUAUUCAUUUUCAAUUACAUGAUUGAUUUACUUAUGCUAAGAUUCUGUCAUUGUCAGUUAUUUAAUGAGUGUUUUUUUCAGGGACUGUUUUAAGAUCAUUAUCUGAUCGCUGUAGCAUGAAGCAGAGGCUGAUGAUGCCCAUAAUUACGGAACUAUUUCUGUAAAAAUAACAAUCAUUGGAUAAUUUCAAGAGGAAUGAAAAGUGACAAACUGAUUUAAAUCUAUUUAUAAAUAAAU